AUGCAGACUGCUUCUACAAACAUUUGUGAAAGAAUGGGUCGCACUCAGGAGCUCAGUGAAUUCAAGCGUGGUGCCGUGAUAGGUUGCCACCUGUGCAAUAAGUCCAUCCAUGACAUUUCCUUGCUACUAAAUAUUCCACGGUCAACUGUUUGUGGUGUUAUAACAAAGUGGAAGCAACUGGGAACAACAGCAACUCAGCUACCAAGUAAGGGGGGUCAGCACAUGCUGAAGCGCACAGUGUGCAGAAGUUGCCAAGUGUCUGCACAGUCAAUAGCUAAAGACCUCCAAACUUUUUGUGGCCUUCAGAUUAGCACAAUAACAGUGUGUAGACAGCUUCAUGGAAAUGGUUUCCAUGGC